AUGGUAGAGAUUAAAAUAAUGGCUAAAGAGCACAUACCAGAAGAAAUAGUGAUGAAAAUCCUUGUUAAGCUCACUGUAAAGUCUGUAGUGCGGUUUAGAAGCUUAACAAAAAACUAUAAUGCUCUUACUAGAGAAACCAGUUUCAUCACUGAACAUCUUUCUCGCUCCAUUGUUAAGGCAAAAAACAAACCUAACUUUUUGGUGUUUCACCAAAUAAACAAUAGGUUUUUCAUUUCAAUGGUCUCUGAGGAUCAAAAAUCACAACGCACUAUUGAUCUGAAGCCACCAUUCAUCUUCACACAAAGUGUAAACAACAUCAUAGCCCAUGCUCAUUCCAAUGGCAUCAUCUACCUAGAACUGCUAGAUGGUGUUCCCCAGAACCCCAAUCCAAAGAUUCUCUGGAAUCCAGCUACAAGAGAGGUAAAGUUUCUUCCUUUCCCUCCUCCAACGAGACACACACAUUGUACCUUCGUCCACGUGGUGCACGGGUUUGGUAUUGACCCCAAAACAGAUGACUACAAGGUCGUGAACAUUGUAGUGGGUGCAGAGAUUUUCUCAGAGUUAAGUGAAAAGCUCAUUGGUCAGGUAUAUAGCCUUCAUUUUGAUUCAUGGAAAGUGGUCAAUGUUGGUGUCUUUGCUAGAUACAUAGCUAAUUCCAUGUUUAAUGCUUAUUUGAAUGGAGUUUAUCAUUGGUUAGCUGAAUCUGGUGAUGUUGAAUUUGUGCUCUGCUUUGACAUGAGUGAUGAUGUGUUUUGGAAACUGAAUCUGCCCCAAGGUAUAUUUGAGGAAGAGAAAAACAAAUUUUACAUCAGGCAUUCAAAUAUUUUUGUUUUGAAUGACCGUGUUGGUUAUGUUAGAGAGUACAUGCACUCUAAAUUUCAUUUUGAUAUUUGGAUGAUGAAUGAAUAUGGCGUGGAAGGAUCUUGGAUGAGAAUGUUUAAAAUUGUGCGAGGACCUUGCCCUGAAAUUCUUUUGGAGUUUUGGAAUAAAGACGAUGAUGAUGUUUUUGUGCUAGGAAGGGAAGAGUAUCAACCAUUGGUUUCGUACAAGAUUGGUGAACAACAGGUGGUGAUUGAGUUUUCUCUCAACUUAGGAAUUGAGCAACGUGUUUUUAGAUAUGUGGAAAGUGUUGUUCCACUAUCUGGUGGUUCAUGA